AAAAUGGAGUUUAGAUACGCAUUUUAUAGUUCCGAUUAGAAUAAAAUGCAAUAUGAAUCUGAAUAACAUAAUUAUUAUAGCCUGUAUGGGUUAGAAUGGAUAGUACUACUCCAUUUCAACCUUGGACUGCCGACGAUAGUGCGAAAAAUCUUAAAACCGAAAGAGAACUAGAUGACGCGAAACUUCAUCGGGAAAAUGUCAAUCAUCCAAAACAUACGCAAACUGCGUCUUACGAUAAAGAAAGUGUCGCUAUUCCCACCAUCGCUCCAGGAACAUCGGGUGCUGCAGACUCUGCUGCCGAAACCACUAAGGCAAGCGAGUCUAAAAUGGACUCUGCCAAAAUAGCUUCUAUGCAACAAAUUGUUGAGAACACCCUCAGCCAAGAGGGUCGACAACGUGUAGCUCAGCUGCUCGAGGCUGUAGAUGCUUUAAGUGGUGCUGAAAAGCUGUUGCUUUAUCUUCGCCUCCCGACGGGUGUCCCUCCACACGAUCCUUUGAAGCAACCCAUCAAUCCAUUGGGUUCCAGGGCCGAGCUUCAGCAAACUGUAACAUGGAUACAGACACAUCUAGAAGUUGACCCUGAUGUCUCUUUGCCAAAACAAGAUGUAUAUGACGAAUACAUUGCACAUUGUAUGAGCAGCAACACGAAACCCUUAUCAACUGCUGAUUUUGGCAAAGUAAUGAAACAAGUGUACCCAACAGUUCGACCACGUCGUCUCGGUACACGCGGCAACUCGAGAUACUGCUAUGCGGGACUUCGUAAAAAGAUCAAAUUGGAAGUACCACAGCUUCCCGAUUUGGCCGAUUCGUCUAAAGUAUCUAAGGAAAUAAACGUUACAUUAAAAGAAACUGAAAGAAUAAUAUGUGACUGGGCGGAAACUCAGUUAGGUAUCAAAUUCACAAAUCUAUCAGAGUUGUGUUAUGUUCUGACAACUGGUGCUCAGCACGCGGUAUCAGGCACCGCCGGUGGGUCCACGCCGCCGCCACAGAGCCAUGGAUCGUCAGACGAUGCCUCCAGUCGGCAGUUGAUGAAACAAUUGAAACGAAAAAUCCAGACGCACGGGACACCUGGGCGACCAAAGAAAAACAAGAGCCAGGAGACAACCGGCGAAUCUCCCCCAUCGACUUCGUACAUGGGCCAUCAUCCGCCGGUGAAACACGAGAGUGAGGUGAUCUCUGAUACGGGGUAUGCGUACCAGCCACCGUACGUGCCCGUGUAUGAGCCUGCGGUGCGGGGGCAGUUCCCAUACGCCGGUCACACGGUGCCGCCUCGCGCCCACCCGCCGCCCCACGCGCCCCUCGCGCCACCCGCGCCCCACGCCGCGCCCCAUCCCGCGCCCCAUCCGGCGCCCCACCCUGCCAUGCCAGUCCACGACUAUCGACAAGACCCCUACGCUUUUGACUCGUCGUAUGUACCGCGCGAUCUCACCGUCCCCUCCGAACCGGCUCAUAACCUUCCCAUAAAUCUGAGCACCGACUCAUCCCUCGACUUGUCGACGGAGCGCACCGACUGGCAACGUCGACGACCGCCAGAACCGCCGCCCGCGCGGCUCCCGCUUCCCGGCAAGAAACUCAUCUUGGAAACAUACCAGAGCGAGACUCAGGCGAGUUCACCGCGAUCUUCUCAGACCGAUACGCGGUCGUCACACCAGCACCAGCCAUCAGAGGAGUUUCCGCGUACGGAGUAUCUACCUAAGAAGAUGAGGGCCGCCGAGAUCAUGGGCGGUAAACUGGCAGCCGCGCGACUGGCUUCUGCCAGCUCCGAUGCGGCUUCCACUUCUGUCGGUGUCAGUGCCGAACAUACAGUUCGUCCCGAGGCUGCUUUUUUAGAGGAUCCAAAAAACUUAACGAGCCGGUCCAAAAGCACCGCCGCGGCGCUGGUCCGGGAGGAACAGGAGGCGGCGAGUCCCACACAGUCGGUGAAGGCUCCGACCCCUAAAUCCGAACGCACUAAACGGAAAACUACCAACCGAACGAGGGGACCCUCGCCGGAUCGGACGGACUCACCCGAGCAACCAGCAACGCCCGAUUCAUGUUGUGGUCUAGGGAUCAAUAUUAAAACGGGCAUUAUCUGCAAAGAAAAGCACUCUGAAAUCCUCAAUAGAGAACGGGUAAUUAGUAUCUGUAAUAUAGAUAAACACGAUUUAGACGAUUAUCUAAAUGAAGGCAAUAGCCAAGAACAUGAAGAAGAAUUACUACGUUAUUUCCAACAGCGCGAUGCCGAAGUUGAAGUUGAUUCGGGGACAAAUGCAUCUGAAAAUACAGUGGCUUUUUUAGAAGCAGGCCAGGACCCACACGACGAACAUAGUCAGGGUAAAAAUGAGAAAAUAUCACAAUUAAGGGAAUUAUUGGCCAAAAAUUUAAAAAAUCAAAGUGGGUCCACUUCCCAUAACAUGCCGCCAAAUCAGGAAACUGAACCACUAAAAGAAAAUUUGCAAGAGCAACAACCAAAUAAAUCUGAAGGUAUAUUUAAACCACUCAUAGCUAGUGAAGGAGACAUAGUCAAUGGACCUGUUUUAUUAAAUCAACGGACAAAUGGCAGCAAACAUGGAAAUUCAAUGACCACCGAGAAUGGUACAUCAUUGUUAUAUAUGAAUGAUAAUACCCCUAAUCAAUUAAUGUCAAAUGUCGGGGGGUCGCAUUUGUAUAAUGGACAUUGUCAUAAUGAACCACAAAGUCCAACUACAAGAACACAACAAUACGACUUUGUACCAAUAUCUGAUGGCUGUCAUUCUCCGAGAAAUUUUAAUUCUAAAUCUCCAAUAGGCUUCGGACCGAGAGGGCACAGUCCUACUAAAGUAAAUAAAUCCAUCAUUAUGGGAGGUUCUUCACAAACUUCUCCAAUUUCCCAUAGUACUGCGGCCAGUCCUUUCGUAAGUCCAAGAAAUACUCCAGUACCAAGAUCACGACUCUGUUCGCGACCAAUCCCUAAACACAAUGGUCGCAAAAAACGCAAUCCAUUAUCUCUAGGUAUGGUAGACCCAGGCUCCAAACAAUUUGUGAUGCCAUGUGAACAAAAAUUCAUGAAUAAAAUGCCACAAGAUAUCACAAGACAAGUAUGUAUGCCAAACAAAUACUGCCAGCCAAUGUCAGCACCACCAUCGCCUAAUAUUCUUUCUUCACAGUACAAAAGUCAAUCAUUUGGAAUACCAAAUGGAAGUAGCAACAGUUUGAAUCUAAACUUUUUGCCAAAUGCACCAUUUCGAGAACAUAUGAACGGUGAUCUUUCCCAGCCGUUAUCUGCUGAUCCUUUAUCGAGCGAAGUAAGCCAGUUUUUCCCAGAAACUCCAGUGUAUAGACCUGGUUUGGAUACUUCUUUCCGAUCACAAUCUGUCCCAUUAAAACAAGGCAUGAAUAAUAUGGGACUUCUAAGUUACAACAAUACACCGGUUGGAUCCGUUCCGCCAACACCUGUUCCCAAUGAAUUUUGCGAUUUUGGGUCUCUUGCCGAAACUUGUGACAUAUCUAAAGCUGGUUUGAAUCCAGAGACGCUUGUAAAAAUUUAUAACGCUAUUGAUAGUAGUAAUGAUGUACUUAAUACAGGCGCUCCUGAUAGUCUUCUGAACCCUAAUGAUGGCUUGAGAAAUGGUUGUGAUCCUCUGCCAGAACAACAAAUGCUUUCAGCUGAACACUUAAAUUCUUUAAUACCAAGUAACGAGGAGUUACUCAAUAGGAGUGGUCAAUUCAAUCAAGGUUUUUCCAAUGACAAUACUGGUACAGAUCACGUUGAUGAUUUCUUAAAGCGAGCAAAUAGCAUAGAAUUCGAUAUAACGGAGUUAGAAACCGAUAAGAGUAAAUAUUACACGUCCCGAUCAGUGCCUAGCACGCCUUUACCUUAUAAACGCACUGUGCCCAAUCUGCAAAUAGACUCACGUCGUUCUAGAGAGUUGUUUGCCUCAGACAAUUAUUCCAAUGUAUCAUCAAAUGGCAUGUCUUCGAAAUCUGUGCCGUCCACACCACAGCUUGCAGAAGAUAGAAGUGUAUUUAGCUACAGUAAUAGAGACUAUCUUAUCAAUGGCAAUUCUGUAUGUGGCUCUGCUCAAAUACAUGGUAUUGUGGUGGAUAAUGAACAGGAACUCAAUUCACCGCCUUAUGAUAUGCUACAAGAGGAUAUCUUGGACCCUUUGACGCUGGCCGACCUCGACAACGUCGAUCUCUAGUCAGCAUUCUGAUUUUUACUGUUUGUAAAUAUAAUGUUAGAUUCGUUUGUUUGUACAGAUACCGAAAAAUUGGCUAUCUAUAUAGAGUACAAUGUUUUUUUUAUGCCUUCAGUGAAGGCAAAUUUUGUUUGUGCAUCCUCGUUUAAAAUAUGGCUUGCACACUCCCAAAAAUGAGUCAAUAUAUAAUGCACCAUGGUAUUGUGAUAUAUGUACGGUAUACAAAUCUAGUACAACUUCAAUUGAUUAGUGACUAAUCACAAUAUGCUAAUCGAAAUUAAGAUUAUAUAAAACAAGAUUUUUAUGUUCGCACAAUAAUUAUGUAAUGUAGUAUUUGUCAUACUAUUUAAAGUGUCAAUUGUUGUUAUUCGUUUAAUUUGUAAGGUCAAAUCAAACGUAAAGAUAUAGAGAAUGUGUUUAAAAUAAAAAUGUCACAAGGUGACCAUGAUUUAAAGAGAUAAAUCUUUUACCGCGUUGCGAACGGCCUGUGAUGCCUGAGGGACGCUAGAGCGACGUUUGUGUUUCUAAUAAAUGAAACGAAUGAGAAACAUCACGUCGUUCGGGACGCUAGUGUAAAUCAUGUCAUAUCUGUAUAAUUCCAAUAUCCACAAACGUGAUGCUAAAGUCCUUUUGAAUAACCAGCACUAAAUACCACUAGAUAAUUUGUAUUGUUGUGUUUACAAUAAAACUACCAAUAAAUUUAACUUUCGUAA